AUACACACAUUAGGCUACAAGCAAGCAGGAAGUAGAAAAAAAGCAUACAGGAGCUCAUGAAAAUAAGGAAGUAAACGAUGUCGGAUCGAAGCAGGAGCCCCUUUAAUGCUGUAAAGUGAACGCAGAUCCGUCGACAGCUCACUAAUAGAAUUCAAAGCACCACGGCUCUGCUAAGGGAAGUUAGCCGUCAAGCUAAUUCCUGCACUUUAUCACAAAACAAGCCUUAGACAGAAAAACAGGAAGGAGACAAAGACAAAAUUAUUAUCAGCCACCAUGGACCAAAAACGGGAACCCCAGGAAGGAGCUGUGGGGUUGAAACACGAGGAGCUGCCACAGAUGGAUGGAUCAUGUGAUGCGUGCGAGCCUGACGAGGCCCAACCGGCCACACAAGUGUGCUACACCUGCAGCUUCGCCUUCUGCUCCGUCCAUGCUGACAGACAUGCCAGCAGCACACAUCACCCCAUAAUGCCUUACAAUCACGGGGGGACACAGGCUAAUGGACUUGGCAACAACAGAGACUUUAGAGUCGGAGAUGGAGCUGAGGAUGAGGCUGUUGUGGAGGGGGCAGCUGGGACGGGCGCAAAUCAGGACAUGGCACUUCUCGGAGCGGCAACUGCUAAAGGCGAUGAGAGUGUUGAUGCUGCAGCAAGAGAUGGAGCUCAGAAUGGUGUGCAGAUGGAGGCUGAGCCCGUCGACGGAGCAGAGGGCGCAGAAGCAGGGCAGGCGGCCGCUGGAGAGGCAGGGAAGAAGGACAACGUGACAGUAGAAAGACUGCGCUGCAAGGAGCAUGAGCAGGAAGGCUCCCUCUACUGUAAAAAUGAUGAGAAAAUCAUCUGCGUGGUAUGUGCCGUGCAAGGUGAGCACCGUGAGCAUGAGAUCAUCACGCUGUAUGAGGCCUACGUGUGGCAGAAGAGCAGGGAGGGGUAUGAUCUGCUGGGCUGUACACGGAGGAUGUCUGAGACAAUUAAGACCAAGUGGACCAACCCAGAGAUGUCAGUAGAGGAGCUAGAGGCCUAUGUGAACAGCCAGUUCGAUGAGCUGCGCAGACUGGUGCGUCUGGAGGAAAAGAGGACCCUUCAUCUGGUAGACCUCAAAGAGGCCUUCCUGACGGCAUCCGCUGCUGAGAAAAUUGCGGAGAUCUCUGUCGAAACGGAGCGCCUGCAGGAAGAGAUGGCCAACAUCACACACCAGCUUUGCCUGCUGGAACAAGCGGAGGCGUUGGGCCCUGCUGUGGCAGCAGAGGCUCUAGCAGCAGUACCAGCCCACAGAGUGCAGCGCGACAUUGAGGCCAGGCCAAGCCCCUGACAUCCCUCCAUCGCAGUUAAGAGUACAUUGCAGACAGAGGAAGCCCCCAGAGUGGCGUCAGCAGACCUUUCAUUUUAAAAUCUGUCCAGAGCAGUCCUGAUUCUGGAACAGCUCCUCCAGGCACCUGGGCGGUUCAUUGAUUAAGGUGGCGCCGGCGUUCUGCUGGUAGAGAAGGGGGUUGUUUGAAAGAGGCAACAGGGGGCAGCGCUGCCAGCCUGCCAAGUGUGUGGGCGCUGCUAUGGCCAGACAGCCUUCAUAAUGGCUGUCUGACGGUGGGACAGAGCCAGCUCAGUGGUCACAUGACUGACUUUGCAGAUCUCUUCAGUAACCCUGGAUCAAUGGGGCUUGUGGAGUCAACAAAGGGCGGAGAGGGGAAGGCACUCGAGGGGGCGAUUAAAGCGUGAGACGGGAAGAAAAUACUGUUAAAAAGUAGAUACAGGGCAUAAUAAAUAACACCAACUCAACCCAGAAAUAAAGUUGCAUCCAAUUUUAAGUCACAAAAGAGGGAAUGGGAAAGAAGAAGAACUUUAAAGUAAAAGGGAGAAGGGGGAAUCAUAGGUGCUCACUAUUCAUUACCUAUAAGUGGAUGCCGUGUGCUCUCCGAAGGACAGAUAAUAGUUUAUCUCUCCAAUGUGUUUUUCUCUCCCUUUCUCACUCUUGUGGGCUUGAGAUUGAGAUUUAAACUUCAAAGGAGUAUUAGAUAGUAGAGAAAUUUCAAUGUAAGCCAAAGACAAAUCUGUUUUUGGAGUUUGCAUGUUUUUAAAAAACAUGCAGGAAAAACAAGUUUUGCUCUCCUUGGCAAGUAUCAGGCAAUUUCAUUUACACAUUUAAGAUGUGGGAAUUAAAUGUCUAGUGGAAAGAGGAACAGAUGAUGAGUUUGAAUUCUAAGUGACAGUAUAUUGCAUGUGUAAACGGUUAUUCCAACAGUACAAAAUUAUAAGAAUCUAAGCAAGGCACAAACCUACAGUAUAUUACAAAGUCAAGCAGUAUUAUUAUCCUAGUUAGUGUUUGAGAAAUUAACAAUAAUGUUGCUUCUUUGUUUCAUGAACAAAAUAACUAACACACUAUUAUUUGUGUGAAGCUGCAAUGCUCUUUUUACUCCAGAAAAGACAUUUUGCUUGCAAGUCAACAUGCAGAGUCAAAUAUGCUAUUAUUAGAUACUUACCACUAGAGAGCCAAUCCUAUUGAAUCAUCAUUUAUUCCUGAAGUGAAUAAUGAAGUGUUUUGAAAGGCAAAAGAGUAACAUGGUAAUUUCCCAUUAGUGCUGUAGGAAUCAUCAUUAUUCUAAACCAGUAUUUGGGGGAUCUUGGUGUGGAAAUCACAACGUUGUUAUACUUUAAUACUUUCAUCACAUGUUUAACACAAUAGUAUCACAAUGAGGAUCCUGUAAGACAUUAUAAUUGUGUGUCAGCAGUCAUUUUUGAUAGCUACAAAACCUGCACUGGCUCCUCUUCCAUUAACGAUUACAUUUCAAAAUCCUCCCUUUAACCCACAAAGCCCCCUCCUACCCCACUGACCUGCUUCACCACCACCACCCUUCCUGCAUGCUUCGGUCAUUAGAAGCCAACCUCCUGUCUAUCCCCACACGAACCAAGAAGCAUUCUCCGUCGCUCCAUAGCUCGACCCACUCUCUGGAACUCACUCUCACGACGAAUCAGAGACUGUACCGACCUUCAAAACACUGACCAAAACUCACCUUUUUAGACUAGCUUUUAAUGUGUGAUUGAUGACAUGUCCAUUUGAUAAAUGUAGCUUUAUUGCUCGAUUUUAAUUAGACUUUUUUAUUUUAUCUUAUUGUAUUUUUUUAACACUGUAAAGCAUCUUUGAGCACUUGAUAGAGCGCUUGAUAAAUAAAAUGUAUCAUUAGUUUUGUUAUAUCUAAAACGAUUUUUUGUGCAGACUUUAACCCACAGCUGUGUGACAUCCUGUAGAUUACCCAGCUUACUAUACAAUACUAGCUGCUCUAACAUCAGGGACUGGCUUGCGGCCAGAGGUGCAGCGUGUGAUUCAGAGUUUAAUUAUGUUUCUCUGAUUUAUUUAUUUGUAAAAUGUUGGGGAUUUUUAAGCAUGACUGGAAACAGAUGGCAGGCACUCAAGAAAUAAGAUUUGUCUUUUCUUAUUUAGUUGGCAAAUGGUUCCUGUUUUUUGUUUCAGUCCAUUCCGGUUAUUAAACCAUCAGUUAAGCUUUUAGCACUGUUGUAUAACCGUUCUCACCCUUUGGCAACAUGUAUUUUGUCCAAGAUUUUAACACACUGCAUCCCAUAACAUUUGUAGUCUUUAAUAUGUGCAUUCAGUCAUCAUGUCUCUCUCACAGAGAAACACCAAGCACAUUCACCUUGUACCACCAGAGAAAACAAUCCUUUGCAGACCGCAGUGAGCCAUCUAUCCUGUUACAUUAACACCCCUUGGGUUCCUUUAUGGCUCUGAGUUUGAAUGUGUGAAUAGCUGCAUAUUUGUAGGCUUGUCAAAUGAAUAAUACCAGUGACACAGUGUAACCCCCAGAAGAGUAAACCCCUUGUUAGCAGACUACAUCCAACAUGUCUGUCCUCUCCCCCCUCUCUCUUUGUUAUACAAUGGGGAACCAUUAAGGUGAUUCCAUUAUCUCCUCCUUGCUCCCUCCAAGGGAUCUUCUUAACGUCAUUCAUUGUCAUUUAAUUUGCGACCAAGAGCAUAAUAGCCCUGGAAAAUUGUCCCAUGCCUACACAGGGGUGUGCUACCCAAGAUAAGUGAUAAUAAUUGUCAGGCUGCAUCUCGGUAAAGAGGGGCUUAAAAGGAAGUAUUAUGGAGCACACGCAGUCGUAUAACAAGUGAAAACAGGGAUGCUUGUCAUCAUGUUCUGGUCAGAUUAAAUUUCACAUUCAGGCUGAUGAGCAGUUCUAUUUUUGUUGGCCACAAGGAUGGAAUUGCUGCACUCGCUUGAUUCCUCAAUUGCCCCUGUGGCUACAGGAAUGCUAAAAUCUCUAAAUGAGCAAAUGUGAGAUUUAGUCUUCACAGUGAUGUAAUGCUCUUAUCAGAAUGGCUCUGCAAUAAUUCCUCUGUAUGAUUAACGGCGGGUAGCUGUGUCAAAGUGAGCGGGGAAAUUAGCUCAUGGAGGGAUAACAGUAUUCAUCCAACUCCUCGAACCUGCUGCAGCGCACACCAACCUGUGCGAUUAUUCUGAUUGGCUGAGAAUCAACACACCAUUUUAUUCCGCUUCACCGACCUUUCCACCUCACUGUUUCGCAGACGCGGGUGUCUUCAGCAUAAUACAUGCAUCAUGUAGUGAGUUGACUGCACGCAAUCUCCAGUCGGAGUGGAAAGCGCCACACUUUCUAAUGCACAUCUCAAAAUAAUGGCAUGCAGCAACAUGAGGUUGAACGGGCUCCUACUUGAGGCGAUACAUCUGGUGGAUGAUGAGCUGGAUUUGUCCUCGCCUCUUUCAUUUUGCGCUGAUGAAUAAGCUGCAGUACACACAAAGGGUCAUAUUCAACAGCCCCCAGCUCUCUGUCCCUGUACCAUGAUGCAUUGGCUGUUGUUGUGCCUUGUCUCUUCACUUCCUCCGUGGGCUGAUUAAGUCUUUGGAGCAGCGUGGAAACACCACAGGGUGUUGCGUUGUUUUUCAGGACCAACACAAUCCCAGUGAACAGUUUGAAUGGACCAGUGACUCUGAAUGUAGGCAGUCACUGUUUGUAGGGGUUAGUCAAUACCGUGCACCAUUUGACGGAAGGCUGUUUUUCCUCGGUCAAGCAGUUUUAUUCACUCUCUUCCACUCGUCUUCAGACAUUAAGUCAAUAAUUAAUUUCAUGUAAAUGCGGGUAUAAAUUGUUCAUAUUAUAAUAGUUCAAUCCCAAAUUGAGAUGUAAUUACAGAAAGACUUCAUAAUUGAUAAGAUCAAAGAUAACACUUUUCUUUGCUUGAUCAGGCUGUCACUUGAGAUAUUAUGUUACAACAGUUGCUGCGGUCAGUAUGGAUAUAGACAGUGAUAUUUCCUAGGGAAAACCUUCUCCUAAACCCAAUAAAUCACAAUGCAAACAAAACCAAUACUGCUGAGACUGUGGCUCAACACGGGUUGCUGCUCAGAUGCAGGCUAUAAAGAAAUUUUACAGAUUUAUCAUUAAAAUGCCUGGGGAGUUCUGACACCUGUGUAGAUCAUACCCCCUUCUCAUUGAGGAAGAACAGAGUUGUGGUUGUUUUUGUUGUCUUAAGGCAAAUAGCAUCAUGAAUCCCUACUGUGUGUGACUGGUUUGCAUAAUAUGUGCAUGUGUAUUACUGCGUCAGAGAACAUCAGACAUGGCUACACUAUUUUGCAUAAAGACCAAUGUUUUUUAAUAGCUUUAUUGUGGGUUUUCAGUUCUGUGCAUGAAUAUGUUAUAUCCGAGCAAAUUAAACUAGGGAUGUCUACAAAACCUAUACUGAAAUAGUAAGUUGAUGUUUAAAAUGGUAUUGUGUCGAGGGAAAAAAUAACAUGUUUGUGACAAAUCCAGUUGGAUUUUUUACAACGUAAACAGUAAUAAGAAGUAUAUUUAAAAUUAUGUGGGGAUUUACUGUUUUGUGUUUACCCUCAUAUGAAAUGUGGUAAUAGAAUCAUGUUAUUUCCCCUAUAUUGCUCUCAACUACUACAUUUCUGUUAUCGUGACAUCCAUACCAAACUGAAGCUGAUAAAAUAUCCUAUAACUAGGAUUUUAAUUCAAUUUCAAUUCAAUUCAAAGGUUUAUUGUCAUAACAUAUACACGGUCUACUUAUGUGAAAAACCUAGAUUGCAGGUUACUCAACAGUGCAAUUAUAAGACAUACAAGAAUGAAUAUAAAAACAACAAUACAAAUUGUGCAAGCUCAGCUGUUAAAUACUCUUAUGGCCUGUGGAAUGAAACUGUCCCUGAGUCUGGUGGUUUUAGUUCUAAUGCUGCGGUACCGCCUGCCAGACGGCAGCAGACAGAACAGUUUGUUGCUGGGGUGAUGGGGGUCUCUGAUAAUCCUGUGGGCUUCUUCCUGAGCCCCUGGGAGUAGAGGUUCUCCAUGGAUGGCAGCUUCGUCCUGGUGAUGUUCUCUGCAUUUUUGACCCUCUGCCCUCUAUCUACUGAGGGCGGUGCAACUACCGUACCAGGUCGUGAUGCAGCCGGUCAGGAUACUUUCUAUUGUGCACCUGUAGAAGUUGCAGAGUAUCCUGGAAUCCAUCUUGAACCUCUGCAGCCUGUGGAGGAAGAAGAGCCACUGUUUUGGUGAUGGUGAUUUCAGUUCCAUAUACAGUGUCCUUCGUUGUCCUAUAGCCUGAUGCCUAUUGGUUAUACAACUGUCACAUAAUGCAUUUGAAAGAUAUAUUUAUACAUCUUGGCAUAUUCCUGUGAAUCAGUUGGAGUUAAUCAUCCUCUGGGUCCGUGAUUAACACUGAAGCAGUCAUAAAAUCCAAGCAGUGAUCCCUCCUUUCUGCUUUCCACCUGCAGAGCUGGUAGCACCUGUGCCCACAUAUCAGCCUCUCACCGCAGAAUCUUAAUCGAGUCCUCGCUCCUCAAUAACUGCUUUCACUCUCGCGGAGGUUUUUCUAUUUCUGCCACCAUAGGACAUAAACCAGUGAAAAAUGGUGUAUUAGAUGAAAUGUUGUAGAAUAUAAAUAAAUCAGGACGGCAACAUGAGAUGACUUAUUAAAGACAACAAAAUGGUAAAACAAGUCAUCACUAAUAUUUAACAUAAUAAACAUGCUUAUUUAUCAAAACCUUGAGUGCCAAUCAUGGUUACUUUUAGGUUGCUGUUGUUCCAGUCAGACAGCUCUCCUCUUGAGUUCACAGUCUGUUCAGUUCAUGUAUUCCAAAGGUACGUGAUGUAGCAUGGGGCAGAACCAGUCAUGCUUUAAAGUAGUCUCUUACAUCUUAAAAUAGUCAGUACUAAAAAUAGCAGGUAUAGAAAGCUACAGCAGAUUCAGGGCAAUGUGCAUUUCUUUUUCUCUUCUCUUUUUAGAUGAUCAAACCUUAACAGCUGCAUUUUGAAUUUGCUGGAGGGAUGCUAGAUCUUAUUUUUUUUACCAGUAGAGAAUAGAAUCACACGUUAAAUGUUAGUCAGUCAUAACUUCUUGAAUCUUUGUAAUAACACAUAGAUAAACACCUUUAUGAGGAGAGUAGAAAUCCACACUGUUAAAGGCUACACCUAAAAUAUCAGUUUUUCAAUUUAGCCAAAAACGUUUUGUAACACACCUUUAUUUGAAGGUGAAACCGAAUAAAAAUGACAAAAACACAAACUAAAUAUUAUAUUAAGGUAAUGUUAUAUACAUUCUGUAUAUUGGUAGGGGCCUAGAAUCAACUUCUGGGGUACGACAGGAAGCAGCUUUUCUUAUCAAAAACCAACACUUCACAAUCUUUCCUUAAAAUCAAAUUCAGUUUGUUUAAAGCUCUUCAAGAGAUUAAAAAAUAAACACCAGCAAUGGUUGCGACUCAAGGAACCACAAUGACAAUUAUCAGUUGUUACAGUGGCUAUUUAUUCUUAUUGAUGCAGACUGUACAUACUUAUUGCCCCCAACAGAACCGCUAAGAUAGGCAAAUUGUAUUCAACAGUAAAAUGCCACUUGUUUGUUAUAACAUGUUUCUUUUAUGAAAAUAUUAAAUUACAAAUCAUUGCUGGGUUUAUCAUU